AUGACUGAUUUGCGCGAAGACAACGGGGAAAGCGAUCGGCAAUCCCCGUCUAAUUCCCUAGGUCGCGGUGAGCGACGCAGCACACGAGAUACACGGGACGACUACCAUUCUAGUUCGCGGCGGAGGGAUAGAGAAUACCGAAGCUCUCGCCGUGACAGUCCCCGCCGCCGAUCCUCACGCAGCCCACUAAGGAAAGAAAGCGCGUCGGGUGAUCGUGACAGACAUCGUCGACAACGCAGGGAGAGGUCUACGGAUUCAGCAGACGAGGAUCGCCGGCGACACAGGCACCGAAGCCAUCGACACCGCAACGACCGUGAUCGGGAUGGGGAACGCUCUUCUCGAAGAAAUCGCAGUCCACGACCACGGUCGCGCUCGCCGAGGAGGUCGCGUACGCCACCCAAAUCCAUGAAACGAAGUGGUCCACUUCCUUCUCAGUCGGAUGCAUUUUCUGGCGAGGUUGCGCAGUCCUCCGAUAUUCCUCUGCCCGAGAAGCAGAAGCCCAAUUUCAGCAAUACAGGCAGACUGGCAGCGGAAAGCAACACUGUUCAAAUUGAAGGUGGCGAGGGAAUCGUUCUGAAAUAUCACGAGCCCCCCGAGGCUCGUAAACCUCCCGCAAAGGAGCCCUGGCGGUUAUAUGUUUUCAAGGGAGAAGAUCUACUGGAGGUGGUUGAGCUUAGUGGACGCAGCUGCUGGCUGAUUGGCCGGGAGCGAUUGGUAGUGGACUUCCCCCUCGAACACCCCAGCUGCUCGAAGCAACAUGCUGCGCUCCAAUUUCGUUAUGUCGAAAAGCGGAAUGAAUAUGGUGAUCGCAUUGGCAAGGUCAAGCCAUAUUUAAUUGACCUUGAGAGUGCGAAUGGGUCCAGUGUCAACGGGGACGCUGUUCCGGCAGGCCGCUACGUGGAAAUUAUGGACAAGGACGUUCUUAAGUUCGGAUUGAGCACUCGUGAAUAUGUUCUCAUGCUACCGAACUGA